CUCACGUACUUGCACAGGAAACAUCAGCACGCGUCAACACAGCAUACUGAGCGCUUGCAACCAUUUCGUCUCACACAUGCUAUCAGGAAAGCUCUUUACUCGCUAGGGCUUUGUUCUCACAGCAGUUUGGUAAAGGGAACUCUGCGUGGCAGGCGGAGGGGAGGGGGAAAUCUCAUGGGCUCAGCGAGCCGGUGAUGGGCCAUGAGCAAUUCUUCUCAUCUCACAAACGAUCAGUGAGAGAAAACAGCAGCCCACCCUCAUUUCUUGUACAAGUAUUAGCCUGUUCCGGGACCAUACCAAAGGCGGGUCGAAAAAUGACACCACCGCCACCACUCUUCCACGCCCUCCUCCGCCCGGCCGUCCUCCAGAUCCUACGCGCAACAGGUUACCAUGCCGCCAAGACCUGCGUCAUCGACUCGGUCACCGACCUCGCCGCGCGCUACUUCUUGCACAUAUGCCACCUGACGGCAGUCUUCGCGACACACAACAAUGAAGGGUUACCACCCUCGCCAUCACCAUCACCAUCACCGCCACUAGCACCCUCGUCAUCAUCACCAGGAGUGCCACCACCGGCAUCGACGUCUGUCACUGAUGCUCCCCCGGUAACAACAACGACAACGACAACGACAACGGCAGCGACGCUAGUGAACCCGGCCGUCCCCGCGCCGACCAUCGUCGACGUGCGAAUGGCGCUGCAGCGGGCGGGCGCGCUCCUGCCUGAGCGCAUCGCGGAGGAGCAGGAGUACGUGGGCGAGGAGGACACGCGCGGAGUGGACAACUUCAUCGCGUGGGCCAUGGGGCCGCUUAACCGCGAGAUUGCCAGGAUCGCGCUGGACGGCAACGACGAGGCGGGGGACUAUCUAGAUGCGCUCAAGAAGAAGCACAGCAAAAACGACGACGACUCCAAGUUCCUCGGCACGCUGCUGGGGAGGAGCAUCGAGCACGGCGACGUGCUGGUGGAAGGGGGCGAGUGGCCGAGCAUCCUGGCCUGGGAGGAGCGGAGGCGGCUCGCGAGCGAGAAGACGCCCGAGCCGCCGCAGCGGCCGCAGCAGAAUCGCCACGGGGAUGUCAACGGCGACGGGGACGGCGAGGAAUCGCGGCCGCCUAGUUCCGGCCUCAGCUCGCUCGGUGACCGCAGCAUCGCGGACGAGAUGGAUCUGUCGUAGACUAUAAGCGUGGUGGCAUUACGGCUAGG